AUGGAUCGAAGCAACCACAGAAUGUCAACUUACCGCUUUCCGAAAUGGUUCGAAUCUUCUGAUCCCACUGACCUUUAUCUGCCGGCGUUGGUAUUGGCGUCAAAGUUUCUUCACGAUUCGGACACAUAUGAUAGGGCAUCAAAUGCCGAAUGGUCUGAAGCAGCUAACAUUUCUACUCAACAUCUGAAUCAAUUAGAAUGGGAGUUCGUGCAGAGACUAAACUGGAACGUGAUGGUUGAAGAAGCCGAGUUUGAUCGAUGGUUAGGCUUUUUCGAAUAUUGGGUCGCGAAUGAUUUCCUUGCGAAGAAUGGCUUCUGCACCCGCAAUGAAAUUGCUCAGCUCAGCUCAGGCUUACCUCUUAUGGCGAUGAUUCAAUCACUGCUUGAUGACCUUAGUGUACACUUUUUCUGUAGUAUCACUCUUUGCCGUGCCAUGUUCUUUGCGUACAGACUUCGGUAUUGUCGAAAACUCAACUGGAAAAGCCGCCCUGUCUCCCCGUAUUCAGGGGCCAUGGCUCCGCAGUUUCCUGAUUUUAGACGAGUUCGAAGGCGAAUCCGGAGAACGUUGUGUUAUGGAUCGAAGCAACCACAGAAUGUCAACUUACCGCUUUCCGAGCUUGUUGUGGACUACUUCAAUAAACGGAGUCCUUUCGAUUACAUCAGUCCAGAAACGUCUGCGAGCAUUUCGGAUCGUGGAUAUGCCGAUCCGUGUACUCUCGUCGUUGCCAUGGUUUAUCUCGACCGACUUCGGGUAAACGAUAAGAAAUGGUUCGAAUCUUCUGAUCCCACUGACCUUUAUCUGCCGGCGUUGGUAUUGGCGUCAAAGUUUCUUCACGAUUCGGACACAUAUGAUAGGGCAUCAAAUGCCGAAUGGUCUGAAGCAGCUAACAUUUCUACUCAACAUCUGAAUCAAUUAGAAUGGGAGUUCGUGCAGAGACUAAACUGGAACGUGAUGGUUGAAGAAGCCGAGUUUGAUCGAUGGUUAGGCUUUUUCGAAUAUUGGGUCGCGAAUGAUUUCCUUGCGAAGAAUGGCUUCUGCACCUACAAUGAAAUUGCUCAGCUCAGCUCAGGCUUACCUCUUAUGGCGAUGAUUCAAUCACUGGUUUCUUUUUUCAGCUUGAUGACCUUAGUGUACACUUUUUCUGUAGUAUCACUCUUUGCCGUGCCAUGUUCUUUGUUGCGUACAGACUUCGGUAUUGUCGAAAACUCAACUGGAAAAGCCGCCCCUGUUCCACCGCUCCAUUCAUCUCAAGCGGUGGGAAUUCUCAUUAAUCUUGGAGAUAACCAACAUACGUACUGGAACGAAAACGCUGUUGAUGUAGAACGAAUUAACGCGGAGACGUCAAUUUGUGAUUCAAAUUCCAGUGCAUUGGCUGGUGAAGCAAAUAUAAAUGUAUUCGCUUGUGGAAUCAACGAGUUAGGUCUGCUCUCAGAAAUUGAUCUUUGUAAAGACAUAAACCACCAUCUUACUGAUUUUUUGAUAUACUCGCUUUUCGAUAACCUUUCU